AUGCACUUCACAUCUCUCCUCGUCGCCGCGCUGGCUGGUUCAGCGUACGGCCACAUUGCCAUUGUCAAGCCGGCUCCUCUCCGCUCAAAGGAGAACCCCAACUCGGGCAACGCCAUUGACUACGACAUCAACUCACCUCUAGCCGACAUGUCCCAGUUCCCCUGCAAGGGUGCCCUCAAGUACCUCGGCCAACCUGAGGGUGCUUCUGUCGAGACCUACGCUCCUGGCGGUUCUUACGACAUGGUCAUCGGCAACGGCGCUGCUCAUAACGGCGGCUCCUGCCAGAUCUCCCUCUCUUAUGACCAGGGCAAGACUUUUACCGUCAUCAAGUCUAUUGAGGGUGGCUGCCCCUCGGCUGGCGCUAGCUACAAGUUCACUGUCCCUUCCGACGCCCCCAAGGGUGAGGCUGUCUUCUCCUGGUCCUGGAACAACAAGUCGGGAAACCGCGAGUUCUACCAGAACUGUGCCGUCGUCACCAUCGCAGGUGGUGCCCAGAAGCGCUCCGAUGAGCUUGUCAGCCGCGACGUUGCCUUCUCUGCCCGUCCUCAGAUCUUCGUCUCCAACCUCGGCGGCGAGUACUGCACUCCCGAAGGAGUCGACGUCAUCUAUCCCAACCCUGGCCCGGAUGUC